AUGGAAAUAGAUGAUGAUUUCGACAAUGAAGAAGAAGCAAUUCAUCUUGCUAUUGGUAAUAACAAUUUAGCCAUCCAAUUCUUACUCCAUCAACAAGAAAACCAAGCCAUACAUGUUGGCUCUAUUCCCGGGCGUUUUUUCAUCUACCGUGAUCGAGAAAGCGGACACUAUAGAUUGUUCGACGAUUACUUUUCAGAGACUCCGGUUUACAAUGAUGCUAUGUUUCGUAGGAGAUAUCGCAUGUCGCGUCCUCUAUUCCUUCACAUAGUCGAAGCCGUUGAAAGUUAUGACAACUACUUCACACAAAAAAGGGAUGCAGCAGGCAGGGUUGGCUUAUCAUCUCUGCAAAAAGUAACAGCCGCAUUUCGGAUGUUAGCAUAUGGUCUUCCUGCAGAUGCCAUUGACGAGCACAUAAGGAUAAGCGAGUCAACGGCAAUCGAAAGCCUCAAAAAAAUUUGUCGAGCCAUAGUGGAUAUAUUUCGGAGACAUACCUACGGUCACCAACACCAAAUGAUAUUUCGAGGCUUCUUUGCAUUGGUAAAAAACGAGGUUUUCCAGGAAUGCUUGGUAUCUUAG